AUGGAAACUCAUUUCAGAUUGGAUGGAGGGGAUUGGAUUGAGGUGAGCCAUAGAAGGAGGAAAGAAUUCCAACAGGGAGAUAGAAGGAAGGAUAGUUUUGAGCAAUCUAAACGAUUCCAGAGAAAAUCGUUCUCUGCAACAGGGUACAAUUCUUUUCAUGAUCGAUACAGCGAAUUUCCACGCCGCGAUCAUGAUCCUCUUAGAACUGCUCGUUUCAGCCACAGCUGUGAACGCAACCGAUACCGCCGGGAUUCAAGGAUGCAUCAUCGACGGCGUUCACUUUCGUCUCAGUCAAAUCGCGAUCGGUACAGGACGAUGGAUAAGCUUUCAAGGCGGCGGCAAUACGCGAUGGACCGAAGCCAACAGGAGGUAGAUAUCGUGCGGCAGAAGGGUGAGCACCGCCAUAGGAGUGGAACAGAGCUUGAGAGGCACGGCGGGAGGAAGAAGAGCUUCUCGCGUAAGUGUGAUGUUGCGAAGAAGGAAGAAGAAGACGCAAUACGUAACAGUGGGAAGGAUAAUCUUAGGAGGAGAGGAUUUGAAAAUUUGGGAACGGAGCUCAAACGGUACUGA